GUAUUAAAAAUCUUACGAGCCAACUUUCAUUAUUUCUUCUUUUUUUUUUUUUUUUUCUUCCUUUUAUCUUUUCAGAUAGCUAUGGUUGAACUGCAAAUAAAUGAGCCAACCGCGGUGCCCGAAUGGCUGUUUGUGAUGUUCGCUGUUUGCACAACCGUCCUAGUAUCAGUACACAUCUUUGCUUUAAUGAUAAGCACGUAUUUAUUGCCGAAUAUCGAGGCCGUCAGUAAACUUCACGUGUCUCGCCUCGUUUCGGAAUCACCUCAUGAAAGAAUGCGCGGCUUCAUCGAGCUGGCUUGGGCGUUUUCCACGGUAUUAGGAUUAUUUUUGUUCCUGGUGGAAGUAGCUAUACUGUGCUGGGUGAAAUUCUGGGAUUAUUCGUUUACCGCCGCCACUGCCAGUACUAUCAUAGUUAUUCCAGUCCUUAUAGUGUUCAUUGCGUUCGCCGUUCACUUCUAUCAUUCCUUAGUGGUAUAUAAAUGCGAAGCAUCGGUGACUGAUAUGAACGAGUUGGAAAAUAUCAAGAGAAAUUUAGAUAACGUAGCGAUGAGACAGAGCAGCGUAUGAUAAAAAUUCGAGAUCAAUUUGUUUGGCGUGUCCUUGCCUUCUAAAAUAUAGUCCCGGAGAGACUGCGUGUUUUAAGCUGAAAAUUAUUGUAAUCAUACUCAAUAACGUAUAUGCGCUAUUAUUAUACACGUUUAAUAAUGAUGAAAGAAGAACACAUGUAAGUUUAUUCAAUAACUUUACUUAUUCAAUACGAUCACGCGAAA